AUGACGACCAGACAUGAUAAAGAGCGCCAGAGAGCGGCACAGGAGAAAUACCAAGCUGUUCUUUCACAGCUACUCAAGGACGAAGACAACAAAUACUGCGUUGAUUGCGAUGCAAAAGGUCCACGAUGGGCAUCUUGGAACUUAGGCAUAUUUCUAUGUAUCCGCUGUGCGGGUAUUCAUCGUAAUCUUGGAGUACAUAUAUCCAAGGUGAAAUCUGUAAACUUAGAUACCUGGACCGCUGAACAGUUAGCAAUGUUAAUGGAGAUGGGAAAUAGUCGUGCAAGAGCAGUUUAUGAAGCCAAUAUGCCUGAUAAUUUCCGCAGACCACAAACAGAUUCUGCUUUGGAGGCCUUCAUCCGUGCAAAAUAUGAACACAAGCGUUACAUUGCUCGUGAAUGGGUACAGCCAAAGCCAUCAGUGCCAAAACAGUUACUUGAGGAUGAACAAAAAGACAAGAAAAAAACCCGACCAAGACCAUCAUCAAUGAUUCAACUGAAUGCUCCUUCCCAAAAACACGAAGCAAAAGAAUCUGAGAUAAAUCAACCAUUAAAGGAAGUUGCUAAGGAGACCAAAAAGACAUCUCAUGCUGAUGACCUUCUUAAUCUAAGUUCACCUGGUGAGUCUGGUGGUGCAAAAAAUGUCAGUUUGCUUGAUGAUUUCCUUGGAGCCAGUAGUACACCCACUGCAAAUGCUACAUCUACUCCUGCUCAAAAUCAGAGCAAUGGACAGACGAACACAACUACAAGCACUUCAAGCCAGCAAACAUUCCAGCAAAAUGGGGCAUUUGAUGACUCUCUGUUUACAAGUGCCAGUACAGAAAUAAAGAGUAAUACCAGUGAUAAAACAACAAAAGAAUCAAUUAUGGCUUUGUAUGGUUCUUCUAACCAGCAACAAGGCAUGUAUGGUGUCCCUGGUGGACAAUCAUCAUCUCUGAUGACCUCAAUUGCUGGGACUAUACCUCAGUCUAUCUACAACAUGAACUCACAGGGUCUCCUGUAUAUGGCUCCACAGCAGAUACAAGCUGACCACUCAGCUAUGUACAAGUUUUUAUAUGCAGAUACCACCACAACAGGAGGAAUGUAUAUGCCAGCUCAAGCUCUAAACAUGCAGGGUGUGCCUUCUGGCAACCCAAUGGCUGUUCAGCAAGGCAUGCCAGGAAUGGUACCUCAGGGAAUGAUGGUAAUGCAGCAAGCCAGCAUGUACCAAUUGGCUACUGGGGGCAUGAUGCCAGCAGCUGCUGUGGGUAAUCCAAUGGCAGCAGGACCAGGAAUGAUGAUGCAACAACCUCAAGUAGGAAUGUUUGCUGCUGCCUCUCCACCCCAGCCACAGAUGAACAUGCAACAGAUGCAGCAGCAGAUGGCAGCCAUGAGGCUGAAUCAACCCGGUAAUAUGGCCCCUGCCGGCCAAAUGGCAAUUCGACCUCAGGCUGGAGCUCCUGGUGCCACACCUACUAAUCCAUGGGGCAUGCAAAACACCUCAGGACAGACACUUUCCACUAAUUUGUGGCAGUGA